AUGGGGUUUAUGAGUGAGCUCAAGGCGCAGACACGAGGAACGAAGUUGUUAUUCAACUUUUUAUUCCAUGGCUUCCAUAUUGCGCUUUUCGCCAUAGGAUGGCUCAAACAAAGCCGGGACCCGAGGCUUGCGGGUUUGAAUACCCUCACAUUUUCAGUCUGGAUAUCGCGAGGAGCAGGUCUAGUUAUGAGUGUGGAUGGGGCCAUGAUUCUGCUGCCUAUGUGCCGAAACAUGUUGAGAUAUGUCAGACCCAAGAUCCGGUUCUUGCCGUUGGAUGAGUCGCAAUGGUUCCAUCGACAGGUCGCGUAUUCGUUGGCGUUCUGGGCGGCCGUCCAUACCAUUGCACAUUAUGUCAACUUUUACAAUGUUGAGAAGGUUCAAAUCCGACCGGUCACCGCGAUCCAGAUUCAUUAUGCUCAAGCUGGUGGAAUUACCGGCCACAUCAUGCUUCUAUGCAUGCUCCUUAUGUAUACAACAGCCCAUGCGAAGAUCCGCCAGCAAUCUUUCGAGACGUUCUGGUACACCCAUCAUCUCUUUAUUCCAUUCAUGCUCGGCCUUUAUACCCAUGCUACAGGGUGUUUCGUGCGCGACACCACAGCUCCGUUCUCCCCUAUCGGUGACCACGACAACUUCUGGAACCAUUGCCUUGGCUACGAGGGCUGGCGAUGGGAGCUCUGGGGAGGCGGACUCUACUUCGCCGAGCGAGUCUACCGAGAGAUCCGUGCAAGAAGAGAGACAAAGAUUAUUAGAGUCGUCCGUCAUCCUUAUGAUGCCAUGGAAAUCCAGUUCACCAAGCCUUCCAUGAAGUACAAGGCGGGUCAAUGGCUGUUCUUGAAUGUCCCUUCAGUGUCAAAACAGCAAUGGCAUCCAUUUACCAUCACCUCUUGCCCAUUCGACCCGUAUAUCUCCGUGCACGUUCGACAAGUUGGAGACUUCACUCGGACUCUAGGCAAUGCUCUCGGAGCGGGUCCCGCACAGUCCAAAGAAUAUGAUGGUGUUGACCCCAACGGCAUGUACGAAGUGGCUCUACAGAACGGCCAGGAGAUGCCAGCCCUCCGCAUUGACGGACCCUACGGAGCGCCUGCUGAGGACGUGUUCAAUAACGAAAUCGCUGUACUUAUCGGAACUGGUAUUGGUGUCACACCAUGGGCCUCUAUCCUUAAGAACAUCUGGCACAUGCGCAACGGUCCUAACCCACCAACCCGUCUCCGCCGUGUCGAAUUCAUCUGGGUCUGCAAGGACACCACGUCCUUCGAGUGGUUCCAGAUCCUUCUCUCCUCCCUCGAAGCCCAAAGCCAGGAAGCUGCCAACCAACAGGGCAGCAGGGGCAGCGAGUUCUUGCGCAUCCACACCUACUUGACCCAAAAACUUGAUGCAGAUACUACACAGAACAUCAUUCUCAACAGCGUGGGCGCAGCCGUUGAUCCACUCACUGAACUGAAGACACGAACCAAUUUCGGCCGUCCGGACUUCUCGAGAUUGUUUGAGGGUAUGCGUGAUGGGAUCUUGGAUCGCUCGUACUUGAGUGGAUUGGAAGGAGAUAUGCGAACUAACGUCGGCGUUUACUUCUGUGGACCCAACGUCGCAGCGAGAGAUAUCAAGAAGGCAUGCAAGCGGGCCACGUCCAACGAGGUCAAUUUCUCAUUCUGGAAAGAGCAUUUCUAA